AUGCAAGUACCACCAACCUUGAGAAGAAACUUGUUCAGUUCACAUCUGUCACGACGUCCCGCUGGUACAAUCCCAAAUGCAUCCACAGACCGAAUGCCUGAUCCGUUCCAGGCGAUGGGCUCAACGAGUCAUAAUGUUCCAGCGGAAUUCUAUCAGCUGCCAGACCAACAACGGCCUCUGAGCAAUGUUUAUGCGCCUCGAUUACCGCCAACGAGAUCGCUAUCGCCUACCAAGUCACAACUAUAUUCCAACACGAACGCCUCAAUCAUAACGCUAGAUCCUACAACGGGUCGACCACAGCUGCCAGCAAUACCAAAAUUGCCCUCACGACUGCCUGAAGGUGACGAAGAGGAGGAGGGUGAAGACGAAGAGGAUACAGACGACGAAGAUGACCCAGAUGAACACGCUGUUGGCUGGCGAAGGAUGAAGUCUCUCGAACGAGCAAAUGCAAGUCAACACGAUCUAGACCUGCAUUCGUCCUCACUAAUUGGUGGCCUGUCUUCUCGUCAAACCCGACUACAUGAGUUAAUAGAUACAUCUGCCGACGGCAAUGACUACAGAGAUUAUGAAAAGAUUGAAAGCAUACUCAGCGAAAUGCAAUCCCAGCAGAGAGCUAAGGCUCGAACAGCUGUACUGCCUGAUUCAUCAUCGUCGCUGUCGCUAGAGACGCCCCCUGAAAAUGGAGUUUCGGCUAGAACACGUGGUAAGGCACGAAUCACCACGAAAGGUCAGGCUGAGCAGAGGCACAACAAAGCAGGAAGUCUACCCAGGAUGGGUGGGGUAGGAGCAACGUUGAAUUCAGCCGACAAGGAUGAGCUGCUGGGCUUGAUAAUGACAAGCUUGAGCAAGCGAGUUCAAGAGGCUGAUGAAGAAGCCUGGAUGUUCGGUGAUGAACGCACGGCCGCUAAUGGCGUGUCUGUGUCAGGCUCUUUCAAUGUUGCUAUGAGAGAUGAGCUUGAGUAUUGA